AUGUCUUGGGGAUUCGAAAACGCAGGCCCUCAGGUCAACGCCUUGGAAGAGGCUCCAGAAACUUUCCAGGAAUCUAUCGGUUUCAAGACGAUUGGAGGAGAGUCANAAGUUCGCCUGUCGCAGGCCUGGCCAGCAGACAAACAACCUCCUGCCUGGGCUUCUCUCUUGUCCAUUGCAAUCACGAAAGGACUCAUCGCCGCAGGAACCUCCGAAUCCGUCAUACUAGUGUCGUCUGACACUGUGCGAAAGACAUACUGGGAAGCCAGCGCCGAGACGAAGACCAAGGAUGUCACCNCCCAGCUAUCCCUCUCAGUUCCACAAGUUUCGCAUGUCGCCUUUUCAGCCGAUGAGAGCUCACUGGUCAUCGCUGCACAAGAAGGAGGAGGUUUGGCUGUAUAUGAUGUCCAAUCAAUGCUUCAGGGAAAUAAGGAUUCGGCCUUUCAAUUAGCGACCAACGGCAUACCAGUCCGCGCACUUGUACCAAACCCAAGCCCUGACAACGCCCACCUCUUUGCUGUCGUCCUGACUGAUGGCAAACUGAUGAUCGCCGACUUCAAGCAACGCUCAUUUGGCAACGUAUUCCGCGAGGGUGUCAAGUGUGUUUCUUGGAGUGUCAAGGGCAAGCAACUUAUCGCUGGUUUGGAAGAUGGAAAUGCUCAGCAGUUCGACCCCCAAGGCAACGUCAAGGCUCAGCUUCCGACACCACCCCAGCUCGGUCAAUCUACGCCUUUGACGGCCAUAGUCUGGAUCGCGAACGAUGACUUCUUGGUCGUUCAUACCCCCGACUCUGAAGACGAACCGAAAGAAUCAUCCUACCACCUGUUGCAUCGAGAAAAGGCAUCCGGCGCCUUCACUUCACAAGCCCUUGCCGGAGAUCCGUGUAUACCGGGCUACGAGAACAAGCCCUCGCACUUCCUUGUGUCCAGACUGAGAAAAUUUCCCCCAAGCUUGGAGGACAUGCUGAUGCUAUGUUCCUCUGUUGGAAGCGAAGUGGGUAUCAUCACCAAUUCUUCACAACCUCUGGCAAGUGGCGCGCCUGUCAAUACCUACACUGUUACCAGCAUGGAACGCGAUUCAGCUCGUGCAACCUUUCCUAUGAGCACCAUGGAUGAAAUGUCAGACACGUCUGCCGUGGGAAUGGACCUCGACCUCUCUUCGACCGAAAGAGUUAUGCAGCCCAUACCAGGAGACGAUCUUGAGUCAACAGGCCCUCUGCCAGCACUCAUGGUCUUGAACAACGAGGGAUUCCUUUGUACUUGGUGGAUUGUAUACAAGGAGGCUGUUGUUCAAGAACUUUCUUACCCUGGCCUUGCAUCAGCGGCCUCUACACAGUCACAGCCUGCACCCCCUACUCCUGCUACCCCUGCCACGCCUGCUGUUACAGGUUUUGCAGCAUUUGGCAAACCUGCUUUCGGACAAGCAGCGAAACCCGCGUUUGGGCAAGCGUCUACUCCAGCCUUCGGACAAGCAUCUACGCCCGCUUUUGGACAAGCAUCUACGCCUGCUUUUGGACAAGCAACCACACCAGCUUUCGGAAAACCAUCUGCACCUGCCUUUGGUAAACCAUCUACACCAGCCUUCGGACAACCCUCCCAGCCUGCAUUUGGCGCACCCGGUGUGCCCGGUAUGGGGGCUGCCAGUGCUCUCGGAAGCAAAGCUUCACCGUGGGGUCAACCUGCUACUCAGUCCACCAUUGCGACCCCACCAAAGGGUCAGGUCUUUGGUUCUGCUUUGGGCGGUGCCAGCGGUAACGCAACCUUUGGAUCAUCUAGCGGACUGGGAAACAAAGCACCAGUUUGGGCAACCUCCUCUACUGAUUCGCAAUCUGCUUUCGGCAAGCCUUCAGAAUCUGGUGCAUCUGGCUUCGCAAAGUUCACCACACCGGCCAAAGACGAAAACAAGCCGUCUGUGUCUCCUUUCGCUGCCUUUGGUAACAAAGAUCAAAACAAGCCUGCCAACUCCUCCCCAUUUGCAGCAUUUGCUACUGCACCCAGCAAACCCUCGCCACUUUCCUUCGGCUUUGGCAAGCCAAGUACAGCUGCUGCGACCCCCGAGAAGGCCGCAGAGGACACCAAGGAGGAGACUAUGGAUGAUGAAACCGAAGAGAAACCUCAGGAGGAGCCUGCCAAGGAGACCCCUUCAACCAACGCCGUCGAGGCUCCUAAGACCUCGGCCACCACACUUGGACAACAGUCCGAAAAGCCAUCCGAGAAGCCGCAGUCAUCUGUAUUCGGACAGACGUCUGACAAGCCAAAAACCUCAUCAUUAUUUGGACAGACGCCAGACAAGCCCAAAACCACAAACCUGUUCGGACAGUCCACUGACAGUUCAAAAUCUCCUUCGGUCUUUGGGCAGCCUGCCAAGCAGACUGGGUUCCAGUUUGGUAAGCCAUCUGGAAAACCCACUUCGCCGCUCAGCAGGGACUCUUCGCCAGACAAGCCUUCUAAACUGCCUACAUUGGGUGGAUUCAAACUUGGUUCGACUUUCCAAGGAGAUGGAAGUGCAAAAGACGACUUGCCUGCUCCCAAGCAGGGUGGAGGAUCUUUGUUCGGGGCCAGCUUCAGUAAUAUGCUUGGUGAAGCGAGCAAGCAGAUAAAAGCACCCACACCCAUUAAGAAAGAGCCUGGCACCGAAGCGCCAAAGUUGGGUGACAUUUCAUCUCAGAAAGAGCCCGCUGUUGAGGCUGAAGAGGCUCCUCUGCCUCCUGAUUUCACAUCUUCGAAGCCCAAGCAGUCUGUGGAAGAAGAUGUUCCUCCCAUUGCAGGCAGUCCUCCUGUCGACCUUGGCGGUGAUGGUGGCCAGCUACCGGCAAGUGACGAUGAAGAAGACGAUGAANGAAGAAGAUGGAUCUUGGGAGACGAAGAAGAGUACGACGAAGAGGACGAGGAAGACGAUGAUGAGAGUGAAGCCGAAGAGCCAGAGAACACAUUCGACAUCGAGAAGGCCUCGAAGACUCCCUUUGGUUCCCGUCUUAGCUUCCCUUCUCUUUCCCACUCAACAGGCGAUGCCGGCAAGUUGCUAAGACCAACCUCUCCGGUGCCCUCCACCACCCCCGCUGGCUUGCCCAAGGGUCCUUUCUUUGCACCACCGUCAAAGUCACAAGACUCACCACGCUCGCCCUCACCCAUCAGACAACCAUCAAGCACCCCAGCAGGCCUUUCAGCAUCACGACAACACUCACAACCAAUCACUGUGCCUUCGCUGAAGGGACCGUUGAAGAGCUCUAGAUCGUCUUCUAAACCUAGACCUGAAUCACCACGAGUUCCCGAGGCUGGAGAGCUCAGUGACGAGGAGGACGUUCGCGUUCGUGAGCUACUCGCAUCUGAGAUUGAGCCAUCCAUGGAUCUUGAGCCAUUCGUCGCCCAUCAAGAUUACGUCGGUCGUGUCAACAAGCUUGGUAUUGCCGGUCAGAUCGAAAAGGUCUAUCGUGACAUCAAUAGCAUGAUCGACACACUUGGUUUGAACGCACGCUCACUCGAAUCGUUCGUCAAGGGCCACGAGACUCAAUACAAGCAAGCCGGUCGUGAGCGCAGCGAUCUCGAAGAUUCCGAAGAAUGGUGCCUCGUUGAGAUUAACGAGCUCGGUGUUGUUCAGAAAGAGAUUGGUAGCGACCUCGAAGCCGGAAAAGUCAACGGUGUUGCUCAAAAACUCGAAGAACUCGCCGAGCUGCAAAAGAAUGCUACCAAACUACGCAGCAGGACGGGCGAUAUGGGAAAGCAAAUCAGGGCUCGUGCUGAUCCUCAACAACGUGCAACACACCGUGCUUCGCCGCUCACCAACGACGCUCAGAUCCAGCAGAACGAGCUCAGGGAAGGUGUGGCCAAGGUGCAGAAGUUACUACAAGAUGCCGAAGAGGCCUUGAGCGUUCUUCGCGCCGACCUGGCCGCCGCUCCUUCCCAAGGACCUGCAACUCAGCGCGUUCCCACUGUCGAGGCUGUCACCAACACAAUCAUGAAGAUGACUGCCAUGAUUGAGCAGAAGUCCGGCGAUGUUGACGUUCUGGAAGCACAGAUCCGCCGCUUGCCUGGUGGACUCGCCAACCUCAACAUCUCUGACAGCAGUGAAGACCUUCUUCGUAGCAGUGUCCGUACCGUCCGUCCCUUGGAGCGCUCGACGAGUGGUAAUCUGUUUGGCACGCCACCUGCGACACGCGGCAAGAAUUCCGCAGCCAACGGCGCCGGUCCUCUCGGUAUCUCGGGCAUGCUCGGUAGAUUCGGCGGCUCGUUGCGCCGUGACAAUGGUGACGCUGAGUUUGGACGUAGCAGCAUCAUGCUGGACGGCACACCUCGCAGAAAGAUGGCAGACGUGAGCAUUGAGGAGGUCAGAAGAUACCAGGACAGAGCCUCACAGCGCAAGAGAGUCCUUGCUGCGUUGAAGCAAACUGUUGAGAAGAAGGGUACCAGAAUCACUGGUACCGGCAAGAACUAA